AUGAGAUCCAUCACAAUUUUUGUGCUGGCCUGCGCCACGCUGGCCAUGGGCUACGUCGUGCCCGGACCCACGGUAAAGUACGCCGACAAGGACUUCCUGUACAAGCAGAAGGCUCUCUUCGAGGUGCUCCAGCAUGUCCAUCAGCACGAGAUUCACACAAAACUCUGGGAUGAGGCCAAGGCUUUCAAAUUCGAGGACUACUUUGAUCACUACACCAACGUGACGGCCGUGAAGGAAUUCUACACCUACUACAAGUACGGACUGCUUCCCUUCGAUGAAGUAUUCUCUGUGCUUGAGGACACACACAGAUACCAGGUCAUCAGCCUGUUCAACGUCUUCUACUACGCCAAGGACUGGGACACGUUCUACAAGUCGAUGGUCUGGGCCCGAUUCCACGUGAACGAGGGCAUGUUUGUGUACGCCUUGACUGCUGCCGUCCUCCACCGCCCCGACUUUGCCGGACUCGAGCUGCCCGCGCCCUAUGAGAUCUACCCCUACUACUUCUUCAACAGCGAGGUGAUCCAGCUGGCGCAGCAGUACAAGAUGCAGGGCUUCUAUGGCAUGAAGAAGGUCGAGGAUGUGUACACUGUGAUCAUCCCAUCCAACUACACCGGCUGGUAUGUGCACACCACUCCUGACCAGAAGGUGUCCUACUUCACGGAGGACAUUGGUCUGAACGCCUACCACUACUACUACCACAUGGACUACCCCUUCUGGAUGGGCGGCAAGGAGUUCAACCUGUACAAGGACCGUCGCGGUGAAUACUACCUCUUCUUCUAUCAGCAAAUCCUCGCCCGCUACUACCUGGAGCGUCUCUCCAACGACCUCGGCCACAUCCCCGAGUUCAGCUGGUAUGAACCCGUGUACACUGGCUACUACCCCAACCUCCGCUACUACAACGGCGUCUACUUCCCAUCCCGUCCCAACUACUACAACUUCUACACUGAGGAGUUCUACUACGAUGUGGACACACUCUGGACAUAUGAGCAGCGCAUCCGCGAUGCCAUCGACCUUGGCUUCAUCUAUCUACCUGACGGAACCCACGUUGACCUCACGAAACCCGAAUCCAUUGAGUACCUCGGCAAUCUGAUCCAGUCCAAUCCUGACUCUGUGAACAACCGCUACUACAAGUACAUCGUGCGCUUCGCCAAGAUCCUCCUCGGCAACACCGUUGACUACUUCGGCAACUACGAUGUCGUGCCCAGCGUGCUUGAGCACUACGAAACCGCCAUGCGUGACCCACUCUUCUACCAGCUGUACAAGAAAAUCAUCAAGUUCUACUGGCAGUUCAAGGACAAGCUCCCAUCCUACACCACUGAGGAGAUCUACUUCCCCGGAGUGAAGAUCGAGACUGUUGAGAUCGACAAACUGGUGACCUACUUCGACAAGUUCGAUGCUGACAUCACCAAUGCCGUCGAUGUUGAGGUGUACGAUGAGAAACUCCCAGAGUCGCAGCUGAAGAAGUUCGGCAAGAUCGCCCACUACCAGGGUGAGGACUUCGUGAUCAAGGCCCGCCAGACUCGCCUCAACCACCUGCCCUUCACCGUCAAGCUCACCGUGCAGUCCGAGAAGGCCGUGAAGUCGGUCGUGCGCGUCUACCUUGGCCCCAAGGUCGAUGAGUACGGUGUGGUGUACGAUGUGAAUGAGAACCGCGAGAACUUCGUGCUCCUGGAUGUCUUCCCCUACGAUCUGGUGGUCGGCAAGAACGUCAUCGUGCGUGACUCCAUCUACUUCAGCCAGUUCGUGAAGGACCGCACCACAUACUUCGAGCUGUACAAGUGGGUGAUGACCUCCUUCAGUGGCGAGAACAAAUUCCCUCUGGACAUGACUGAGGCCCACAAUGGCUUCCCCAGCCGCCUGCUGCUGCCCAAGGGCAAGAAGGGUGGCUAUCCCUUCCAGUUCUACUUCAUCGUCACGCCCUACUACGCCCCCAAGGUGCCCCAGUACACCGGCUACGACCACUACAUCACCGCUGGCGUUGGCUCUGGCGCCCGCUACGUGGACUCGCUGCCAUUCGGCUAUCCCUUCGACAGGAAAAUCGACGAGCACGUGUGGUACACACCAAACAUGUAUUACCAGGAUGUCUACAUUUUCCACAAGAAGGAGGCCGAUGUCAACACCGUCUACUAAACGCGCUCAGCUUUACCAACACCACAACAUCAUUACAAGAGAAGCAUAAAUGAAAAAAAAACCCCAAAAAAAAGUCUCAAUUAGUGAAAAAUGAAUUAGAAGUG